UUUACCCCAUCAGCACUCCUCUCUCUGCUCUCUCUUGUUGACCACCACCACUAUAUCUAUCGCUACUUAAAUAAAUAUGGCUUUCUCGUUCAAAGAUCAGACGUUCAUCAUCACCGGCGCGGGAGGAGGGAUUGGUCACGCAUACUCCCUAUUCUUUGCAUCUCGCGGCGCCAAUGUAGUCGUCAACGAUCUCUCCAAAGAGGCCGCCCAAAAGGUAGUUGAUGAGAUCACUAAGUCCGGAGGCAAAGCCGUUGCCGAUACGCACAGUGUGCUCGAAGGCGAAGGCAUUGUCAAGACCGCGCUGGAUACGUUUGGGAAAGUUCAUGUCUUGAUCAAUAACGCUGGUAUUCUCAGAGAUAAGAGCUUUAAGAAUAUGUCUGAUGCUGAAUGGGACCUCGUCAUUGCAGUUCACAUGUUUGGUGCAUUUUCCUGUUCUAAAGCAGUCUGGCCGCACUUCCGGGCGCAGAAGUUCGGAAGGAUCAUCAACACUGCCUCUGCCGCUGGGCUGUAUGGAAACUUAGGUCAGGCGAACUACAGCGCCGCUAAGAUGGGAUUAGUGGCUUUUACUAAGACGCUUGCUAUUGAAGGUGCAAAGUACAACAUUCGCGCCUCGUGUAUCGCACCUAUGGCUGCCUCUGCAAUGACCGAAACAAUCAUGCCUCCGGAAAUGCUGCAACAUCUUAACCCGUCUUUCAUCGCUCCGUUGAUCGCCGUCCUAACGCACCCAGACGGGCCCAACGCAUCGGGGAAGGUCUUUGAAGCUGGUGCAGGCUGGAUGGGAGAGAUCAGGUGGGAGAGAAGCAAGGGCGCGGUGUUCAAGACAGACGACACGUUCACACCCAGUGCUGUCAAGGAACGAUGGCAUGAAGUCACCUCCUUUGAUACGGCGGAAUACCCUAUGACUAUGGCAGACACCGACAUGAUGGGUGUCCUUAAACAAUCUAAGACCCUUCCACCAAACAAGCAGUCCGAGCUUCCGGUUCGCUUCGAUGGUAAAGCCUGUAUCGUCACUGGUGCUGGGGGUGGCAUUGGUCGUGCAUAUUCACACAUGUUCGGCAAACUCGGGGGACAGGUGGUCGUCAACGAUGUCAACGCACAGGCAGCCCAGAAAGUUGUCGACGAGAUCAAGACUGCUGGCGGGAAAGCCAUCGCUGUGGCUUGUUCCGUCGAAGAGGGGGACAAGAUCGCGAAGGCUGCCAUGGACGCUUUCGGCAGGAUCGAUGUCUUGAUUGCCAAUGCUGGUAUCCUUCGUGACAAGAGCUUCACUGCGAUGUCCCAGCGCGAGUGGGACGACGUUAUCAAGGUGCAUCUGAAGGGCACGUACGCGUGUGCCAAGGCCGUCUGGCCCAUCUUCCAGAAGCAACGAUAUGGCCGUAUUAUCACCACUGCUUCUCAAGUUGGCAUUUAUGGCAACUUCGGUCAGGCGAACUAUUCAGCCGCGAAGGCAGCUAUCCUCGGUCUCACGCGUACUCUCGCUAUUGAAGGAUCUAGGUACGGCAUCCUUUGCAACACGCUCGCGCCAUCAGCUGGUACGGCGAUGACGAGCACUAUUUGGCCGGCCGAAAUGGUCGAGAUGUUCAAGCCUGAUUUCGUUGCGCCUGUCGUCGGCUACCUAGUCAGCGAAGCCAACACCGAAACUACUGGCUGCCUUUUCGAAGUGUUCGGCGGAUGCGCUACACAGACUCGCUGGCAGCGCGCUGGGGGUCAUGGAUUCCCUUCUAACAGAACUCUGAAGCCGGAAGAUGUUUUGUCCAAGUGGAAUGUCAUCACGAACUUUGAUGAUGGCCGCGCUACCCAUCCCACUUCCACCCAGGAAGCCAUCCAGCAGAUUGUCGACAACUUCCACAACACAGGGGACAGCUCCUCGCCUUCUGCGGCAGACGAUGACGAUCCCGAGGUCGUCAGAGAGGCGAAGAAUAAUGCCACUGAGCCUUGUGAAUACACAUACACGGAUCGCGAUGUCAUCCUAUACAACCUUGGCGUCGGCGCAACCGCGGAGGAGCUCAAAUGGACCUUUGAAGGUGAUGAUGAAUUCCAGGCUCUACUCACGUUUGGUGUCAUCCCUGGAUUUGCUUCUAGCAGCGGAAUGUCCCUUGAUUUCCUGCCGAAUUUCAACCCCGCUAAGUUGUUGCAUGGCGAGCAAUACCUCUCGAUCAAGGCGCCUAUCCCGACUAGUGGAACGCUUAUCAGUACGACUCGCCUACUAGAGGCUCUCGACAAGAGCAAGCAGGCUGCUGUGACAACAGUUACGGAGACCAAGGAUGCAAGCACAGGCAAGGUUAUAUUCGAGACGCAGAGCACGGCAAUCAUCCGAGGAUCAGGCGGUUUUGGUGGUCAGAAGAGAGGAAAAGACCGUGGGGCAGCAACCGCUUCCAACACCCCACCCAAGCGACAACCGGAUGCCGUUGUGGAAGAGCGCACAUCUCCAAAUCAGGCCGCCUUGUAUCGUUUGUCCGGCGACUACAAUCCGCUUCACAUUCAGCCAGAGUUUGCGGCGAUCGGCGGUUUUGACAGACCUAUUCUUCAUGGACUGUGUUUCUUCGGGAUUUCCGGCAAACACGUAUUGAAGACGUUCGGUGCAUUCAAGGAUAUCAAAGUUCGUUUCUCUGGCUCGGUAUACCCUGGCGAGACGUUGAUUACGGAGAUGUGGAAAGAGGGCGACAAGGUCAUCUUCCAGACCAAGGUGAAGGAGCGGGGUGCGACGGUCAUGUCCGCUGCUGGCGCCACCUUGGUGGGCACCGACGAGCUGAAAGCCAAGUUGUAGCACAGUAGUUUUGUAGCAUAAGCGGUCAUAUGGAUGGGUAGGAGGACAAAAAUCAUGAGUUCAUC